CAUAUGUCGUCGUGUGGGCGGAGUUUAAACCGGGACUAACACUUUCACAAUCCUGUGUCGAGCUGAAGGGUAACGAGAAUACAUUAAAAACAUUGUUGUGAUGGACAUCAUCGAUCCAAUCCUAUCCAUAGCAGAGAAGCUAUAUAGCCUGUGUGAGGAGGUAAAGUCUAAUAAGAAGCGAUGCAGGCGUCUAGCCCGGCGGGUAUCCGCUCUUGCUUAUCUGGUGAAAGAUGCCAAGGCUCGUGGCUUUGGCACGAACCCAGAGCAGGUGGAGAAAGGCCUUAAAGAGCUUAAAGUGACCCUGGAGACAGCGGAGAAGGUCGUGAGGAAAUACACCUGCUUUAGUUAUUUGAAACGCAUCACAAAAGCGUAUGACAUCGGCGAGGAGUUCAGCGCCUUGAAUGAUAGACUGAAUGAUGCAGCCCAGUUGCUGUCUCUAGCGCUUCAGGUCGAGCAUAGAGAACUAUUAGACCAAGUGUUUCACGAGGCCACAAGACGACGAGAAGAUGAAGAGGACAGACAGAGCGACUGCCUGGAGUAUCUGAAUUUACUGCAGUCUUUAGCUACAGGAACAAGCACAACGGUUGACGCUGUAAAAAGACAAGUCGAUCAAACUCACAUUGACAUACAGACUAUUAAGGAACUCCUGGAAUCAACUAGAAAACCAUGCAUUAAUCUGCAGGACAUAAGAGAGAUAAGACGAGAAGAGCUGACCUUUGACUUUCCCAUUAAGCCCAUUCUACAUGGCAACCAUUCGGAGAUAUUCAAAGGGACGUAUAACAAAUUCACAGUGGCCAUCAAAAAAUACACAAGCCCGCUGAGCCCAAGUGAGUUGAGACGUAUUUUUACCAAGGAAGUGGAGACCAUGAAGCGCUUUGAGUCACCAAAUAUCUUAAGGAUGUUUGGGAUCUGUGUUGAGGAUGAAAACGGACCCAAUCCAAGCUUUCUGAUAGUAAUGGAGUACUGUAAGAAGGGCAGCCUUCGACAAGUACUGGACAGCAGCUGUGAACUGCCCUGGGACAGGAAGACUCGUAUGUGUCUAGACGCAGCACAGGGACUCUACAGACUGCAUCAGUCAGAGGAGAAGUCUAAAGUUCACGGCUCCAUCCAAAGCUCCAGUUUUUUAGUGGCCGCAGGUUACAGAGUAAAGUUGGGAGGCUUUGAGUUGGCAAAAACAGAAACAUCACUUCAGAGGAACAAACCCAAAAAGAGCAGUUCCCUUCAUUACUGCUCUCCACAACAGCUGCAGAAUAUCAACCAUCCUUACGACAAAGCCUGUGAAAUAUACAGUUUUGGCAUUGUCCUGUGGGAAAUCGCAACCCGAGGUGUUCCCUUUAAAGGCUGUUCAUACAAAGAGAUCACUUUAAAAGUGUGUGAGCAGAAGACCAUGGAGCCACUUCCUCCAGACUGUCCCAGAGAGCUAGCAGAGCUCAUCGAUGCCUGCAGAUCCUUCAGUCCCUUUCAGAGACCAACAGCUGGAGUAUUGGUGGACAACCUCCGAAAAUUAGUGGAAGAUGAGUGACAGCCUGGAUCGUGCUGUGAAAAUUUCUGAUUCUCAGGGUCUCAUCUCUUACCAUCUGAUCACACCAUUUCUGGGAAAUACAGUUGAAGACAAAAUUAUUAGCAUCCAAAAAAGCUGGGAAAAUAAAUCUGCAUUGUUUCUCUUUUUGAGCUUUAUUUAAAAAAAAUCACAAAAACCCAAUGUUUCAUUAAUGUAAAAUUUUGGAAAGUGUCUGGACAACAUCAUGUUUCUUGUCACCUUGGUGUGCUAUGAAAAUGUUAAUAUUAAUGUUAAUAUACUUCAGAGAUAUUUUACUCUUAAAGGGGACGUAUCAUGAAAAUCAGACUUUUUCCAUGUUUAAGCGCUAUAAUUGGGUUCCCAGUAUUUCUAUCAACCUAGAAAAUGUGAAAAAGAUCAACCCAGUAACUUAGUUUUGGUAAUCCAUUCUCUGCAAGCAUGUGAAAAAUAGGUCAUUGAAAUUUGGCUCCCCUUGUGAUGUCAGAAGGGGAUAAUACCGCCCCUUGAUCAACUCAUUUGCAUUUUAAAGGACACACCCAAAAACGGCACAUUCACAUCUACAAAGUGUCAAUUUUAACAUGUUAUAAUAAAUUAUCUGUGGGAUAUUUUUUGUGCUAGAACUUCACGUACGUGCUCUGGGGACACCAAAGAUUUAUUUGACAUCUUAAAAAAGUCUUGUGAAAUGUCCCCUUAAAAUGUCCCCAGUGAAUUUUUUUUUUAUUAAAGCUCAAAAUGAGAAACAAUGCAGAUUUAUUUUCAGCUUUCUUUGCUCAAAUAUACGGAGCCCCUAAGGGGACAUGAAGCAAAAAUUAAAUAAAGUUUAGUAUCGCAUGCUCGCCUGAAACUUUCGCCGUGCUCACGUGAAACUUUCGCAUGCGCAUGUGAAACUAAUGCGUUUAGUUUUCGCUUUCACGUGAGCAUGCGAAACUAAACUUAAGAUAUUUUUUUACUCCAAUGUCACCUUAGGGGCUCGGUACUAAUAUACCAAGGGGGUUUAUAUUUUUUGUCCACAACUGUAUGUUUAUUUCUCUAUUUAUCUACUCUUUCAUAGAGAAAUAUGUUACUGUAUUGCAUGGACAUCUUUAUGUUGUGUUUCACGUACCCAGCAAACACAAAAAGUUUAUAUUUUAUUUCAAAACAUUGUAUUUUGUUUUGUAAUUAGGUAAAUGUGAAUUUAUAACGUAACACUUUGUAUUUCUUGAACUGUUUUUAUAAAGUUGUGGGAACAAAAGCCAUAAAAGAAAUGAAGUAAAUUUAAUGUGGAUGCACACAGAGCAAUUAAAACAAGUACUGUUUAAUUGAAUGAACUUAGGGGUUAAAGUUUCAAAACUCAAAACAAAAAGUAAGAUACGUUGACCUGUUUUUUACAGGAUGUUGUGAUGUACUCAAACCAUUGAAUCUCUUAUUCUGACUGGCUCAAACAAUGAAUUGUUUUAAGAACCAGUCACAUACUAGACUAGAGGAUAAACAUGUGAAUGGGACACUAACAAUAGCACUAUUGAAGUCUAUUGAAUGCGCUCUUGCCAUGCUGCUAAGUUGGUACAUUUGCACCUCUAGUUUUAAAAUCAAUAAAAAAAUUAAUGAAAAUUCAAAA